CGACAACAUCCCUGAUAGUUUGAAUACUUUCAGCAUCAUUUCAUCAGAGAUUUCGUGUCGUAGCGAGACCAGAUAAUGGCGCGAACGCGGUGGUAUUGGUUCAAGUCGGAGUGGCGGGAAAGUCCUUCUACAUAUGGAAGCUGACGCAACGGCAUCGACAGUUAUAACGAUCUGACUCCCGAUACGUUUUUAUUCCUUCGAAUGCUCUCUUACCCAUCAAUCUGACUCUGUACAUCGCUUCAAGCUGAUCUGUCUGCAUCACCGCUGCCAGGGCUCACUGUUGCAGAGCACACUGUCUCGGUAGAGAAGCGACUGGAGUGACUGAAAAUGAUCACUGGACGCUUGGAGGCUUUAUUUUGAAACAUUAGGCAACGGUGUGCAUACUUCCAUAUUGGAUCGUACUAAUUUUUCCAAGUAGCCAUAGACACCAUGAGCUCUGCUAGGUUGACCUACCAGCGUGCGCCCUAUGGCAAAGCCUUGUUGGGCCAGGGCAGUUAUAGCAACGUGUUCAAGUCGACUGAACUAGAAUCGGGAAAAACAGUGGCUCUCAAGAUGUCGCGUGUCUCAAGGAGAGUGAAGCGACCCAUUCUCCAGCACGAGACUCGUAUCCUCCAACUUUUGAAAGGACAAGCAGCUAUUCCCUUGGUGUAUGCUUACGGCCAGCUGGAGCAUUUUGAGUACAUGGCUAUGGAGAUUCUGGGGCCGAGCGUCGUGGAGCAGCAGAAGACGAACGGUCCUGGGACUGGUAUGAUGUUGACGACCGUCAUCCGAAUAGUGGAUCAAAUGCUGGCGGGACUGGAGCACAUUCAUUCGCUCGGGAUUGUGCAUCGCGACAUCAAGCCUGAGAAUCUCCUCUGCGCAUUUGAUGAUUCGACAAUCAAAAUAAUUGACUUUGGAAUCUCCAAGCCUUUUUCCCAUGGUCAGCCUAGCAAGUACGAUCCAUUAAAGGACCGCCGGGCCAUCGUCGGGUCUCUUUACUGGGCAAGUCUGAAUUCUCACAAUGGAUUAGAUCUUUAUCCGCGCGAUGACCUGGAAUCCUUAGCUUACAUCGCCUUGUUCCUUCUUCGUGGACAUUUGCCUUGGAAACCUCGUCCGCGUGAGGAGUCUCAGCUGCGCUCACAAGAGAUUGUCCGACUGAUGAAAUCGAGUUGCUCAGGCAAAGGUUUGUCUGAAGGACUUCCGGCAGAUUUCGGUGACCUGCUCGACUAUACGCGCUCCCUCGAUUUUGAUCAGCUUCCUGACUACGAAAGGUUCAGGCGCAUAUUCGGGAGUAUAGUGGAUGGGAGGAGUAAUGGACCCCUCGAUUGGACACCCUCCGUCCCGCAAACCAAUACGUGCGUUUUAGAUGAGCCCCAGCUUGAGAUUCCUGGCGAAGACGAAGACGAAGACGACGACGACGAUAGCGACGACCUUGGCGAGAAUACUUACUUCGGAAUGGAUAUUGACAUAUGGGACUCGCGUCAAGGAGAGCGAGAUAAGGACUUGACGUUGCUCGCAGAGCAGGAGGUAGACCUUGAUAGCCGUACCCCGCAGAUCGUAGAACCUGUGAUCGGUAUCAUGUGAAGUAAUACUACAGCUUCGGCCACUUAAGAAUAUGGGGCCAGUAUCCUCGUGUAAGGACUUUCGGCGAGAUUCAAUAUAG